CUCCGAUCUUUUUUCUCUUCCUCUUCCUAUUCCUUUUCUGUAAUAAUAUUAAUCAUAAUCAAUACCUCAAACUUUCUCUUUCUAAUUUUAUUUCUUUUUUCGAUUUCGAUUUCGAUUUCCCUUCCCAGAAUCAUUGUACGAAGCUGAAUAAAUUAUUGCAAUUCGCGGUGAGGAACUCGAACACGAGAGUUUGGUUCCUUUGCUCUUCCAAUUCCAUUAACAUUUCGGAACCGUGUGUUUGAUUAAGGUUAAGGUCAGAAGGUUAUGAGAAGAGAAGAGAUAUAUGGAAUUGGCUUGUAAAUUAAGUGAAUUUGGACUUUAUAAACUGUAAAUAUUGCCUUGUUUUGUUAUUGAGGAUUGAGAAAAUGGCUCUUCAUUUAUUUCAAAUGCUAAAAACUUCGGAUUAUGCAUCCGUAAUAUCUAUGAACCUAUUUGUGGCAUUGCUAUGUGCUUGUAUAGUUAUUGGCCAUCUUCUUGAGGAGAAUCGAUGGAUUAACGAGUCUAUCACCGCCCUUUUAAUAGGUCUAUGUACUGGUGUGGUGAUUUUGUGGAUAAGCGGUGGUAAAAGCUCGCAUCUACUCGUAUUUAGUGAAGAUCUUUUUUUUAUAUAUCUUCUACCUCCCAUCAUCUUUAAUGCCGGGUUUCAGGUGAAAAAGAAACGGUUUUUCGUUAAUUUCAUCACCAUCAUGAUGUUUGGUGCUAUUGGUACAUUAAUAAGUUGUAGCAUCAUAUCUUUUGGUGUGAUAGAAAUUUUUAAGAGAUUGGGUAUUGGUACGCUGGAGCUAGGGGAGGCUCUAGCAAUUGGUGCAAUAUUUGCCGCAACGGAUUCUGUGUGCACGUUGCAGGUGCUAAACCAGGAUGAGACACCUUUACUAUACAGCCUUGUAUUUGGUGAGGGUGUUGUGAAUGAUGCUACUUCAGUGGUUCUUUUCAAUGCAAUCAAAAGUUUUGAUCUUGAACAACCUGGCCAUGGAAUUGCUUUGCAAUUUUUUGGCAACUUCUUGUAUUUGUUUAUAGCAAGCACCAUGCUUGGAUUUUUGGGUGGUCUACUUAGUGCAUACAUUAUCAAAAAGCUCUAUUUUGGAAGGCACUCGACUGAUCGUGAGGUUGCUCUGAUGAUGCUAAUGGCAUACCUUACCUACAUUUUGGCUGAAGUAAGUUCUAAAGAACUUCAAAAGUUUUUUUUAGCUUUGCAUAUUCCAUCUAAUCUUGCGUCUUACAUAAAUCUACAUGUUUUGCAGUUAUGGUUUCUUAGUGGCAUCCUCACUGUAUUCUUUUGUGGGAUUGUAAUGUCUCAUUAUACAUGGCAUAAUGUGACUGAGAGCUCAAGAAUCACUACCAAACAUUCUUUUGCAACCCUGUCAUUUGUUGCUGAGACAUUUCUCUUCCUUUAUGUUGGUAUGGAUGCAUUGGACAUUGAAAAAUGGAGAUUUGUUAGUGAUAGACCUGGAACAUCUGUUAGUGUGAGUUCAGUAUUAUUAGCUCUAGUACUCGUUGGAAGAGCAGCAUUUGUUUUCCCCUUAUCCUUCCUAAUGAACUUGACUAAAAAGUCAGAAAAUGAUAAACUAAGCUUCAGCAUGCAGGUGAUCAUUUGGUGGGCUGGUCUUAUGAGAGGUGCUGUUUCAAUGGCACUUGCCUAUAAUGAGUUUUCUAGUACAUCUGGGCAUGCUCAACUGCGAUUCAAUGCUACCAUGAUCACAAGUACUAUCACUGUUGUGCUUGUCAGUACAAUGGUGUUUGGUAUGAUGACAAAGCCACUAAUAAGGUAUUUACUACCCUUUCCUCCUCCUCCUCCAAAACGGAAAAACAGCACUGUAAGUCUUGAUGAAUCUGCUUCACCUUCACCAAAAUCAAUCACUGUGCCGUUCCUUGGAAGUAACCAUGAUUCUGAAGUUGAAACUGAUGCCACUGAUUAUCAACGUCCCAGCAGCAUUCGUGAUUUACUCACCACUCCAACACACACUGUACAUCGGUUAUGGCGUAGGUUUGAUGAUGCAUUUAUGCGUCCGGUUUUUGGUGGUAGGGGUUUUGUUCCUUUUGUUCCUACCUCGCCAACCGAGUGCAGCGGUCAACCGAGUCCCGAAUGGGAUUGAGGAGAAACUAGGCCAAGAAAACAUGUAAUAUUGUAAUUGUUAAAUGAAAAAACAUUUUGAAGAUAGAGCAGGAUAUAUGUGUAAGAAUUAAGAAUCACAUAUAGUUAGGUGAGGUGUAGCUAGCUCUAUGGGAAGUGAGAAGGUUGUUUAUCACAUAUUCUGUAUCUAACAACUGCGAGAUCUUCUUUUGCCGUCCUACCUAUUUCUUGCGCUACCUACACAUUUCCAUUUUUACCUUUCCGCUAAGUAAGUAGCUGACGUUAUAAAAAACAAAUCUGGUAAGGUGUCUUUGGGGUGUAUCCGCUACCUAAGUAAUGGUUGGAAGUAUUUUUGUAAAUUCGUAGGGCGCGCGAGAAAAUAAGUACGAUGGCAAAAGAAAAUCUCAACAAUGGCAAACUAUAUUAACAGGUCAUCGAAGUGCUUCGUCCGUUUGUAAGAAAAAAUUUGAAAAGUGAAAUGUGUGGCAAAAAAAAAAAAAGAACACUAACAAAGUGAUUCAUUGUGGAAUGAUA